AUGCUUCUUGUUACCGAUAAAUAUUUAUAUCAAAUCUACUGCUAUUUGAAAAAUACAUGCAUAAAUAUAAAUUUUUUUAAUACUAGAAUAAUAAAUCAAGUAUCAAUGUUAAUAAAUUACUCUUAUUUCUUUGUAACAUUAAUUUUUUUAAUAUCAAAUGCAGCAAGUAGUUUGAAUUGGUUAGCUCUUGCUUCAACUUCAACACAAAAUUAUCAUGUACCAUACAAAAUUCAUAGAAAUAAUGAUAAUCCUUAUCAUGUUUUAUGUGAUCGUUUACCAGGUUUAAAUCCUAUACAAAAACAAAUAUGUCAAAAAUAUCCAUAUGCAAUGCCUCAUGUUAGUAGAGGUGCAAAAGAAUCUAUAUAUGAAUGUAGAGAACAAUUUAAAGAUGAAAGAUGGAAUUGUUCAGAACCAUUAGAACAUGAAAAUUCAAAAAAUCCACGUACAUUUGUUGUACCAUUAGAAAAAACAUUACAACAAUCUAAUAAAGAAACAGCUUUUGUUUCAGCAAUUACAAGUGCUGGAAUUGUACAUUCAAUUACCAAAGCAUGUAGUAUGGGAAAUAUGACAGAGUGUGAUUGUGAUAAUCAACCUGGAAAACAACGAUUUGUAGAUACUACAUCACAAGUGGCUGGUGAUAUAAUACCAAAAAAAAAUGAACCAUUUAUUUGGGCUGGUUGUUCUGAUGAUAUUACAUAUGGUAUUAAAUUUGCACGUGAAUUUUUAGAUAAAUAUGAAAAAGAACAAUAUGAUAAUUCAGGAAAUGUAAAACAUCUUAUGAAUCUUCAUAAUCAUUUUGCUGGAAGAGAAGCAAUAUCACAAAAUAUGAGAAGACAAUGCAGAUGUCAUGGUGUUAGUGGAUCUUGUGAAUUAAAAACAUGUUGGUUACAAAUGCCAAAAUUUUCAGAGAUAGGUGAUAUGUUAAAAAAACGUUAUGAACAUUAUUCUGUUCAAGUUGCUAAAAAAUCUAAAAAAAGAUUAAGAAGAAAAGAAAGAAGUGAACGACGUAUACCACUUCGAGGUACAGAAAUUGCAUAUAUUACAAGAUCACCAAGUUAUUGUGAAAGAAAUGAAACACUUGGAAUAUUUGGAACACAGGAACGUGAAUGUAAUCCAAAUUCAUUAAGUACAGAUAGUUGUGAUUUACUUUGUUGUGGAAGAGGAUACAAUACUCGUGAAGAAGUUCGUGUUGUAAGAUGUCAUUGCAAAUUUGUUUGGUGUUGUCAAGUUAAAUGCAAAGAAUGUAAAGAAUUAGUUAGGAUUAGUACGUGCAAAUAA